GUGGUCAGACAGCCAGGCGGGCGCGCGGCCGGCGGGGAAGGAGCUAUGAGUGGGGCCGGAGCCGAGGCGGGCGCGGGCCGGGGGCUGCGGGUGGACGGGCUGCCGCCGCUGCCCAAGAGCCUGAGCGGCCUACUGCACUCGGCGUCAGGCGGCGGCACGUCGGGGGGCUGGCGGCGCCUGGAGCGGCUGUACGCGCAGAAGUCGCGCAUCCACGAGGAGCUGAGCCGCGGGAGCGCUGGCAGCGGCGGAGCCCGGACCGUAGCGCUGCCCGCCAAGCCUCCCAACCUGGACGCCGCGCUGGCCUUGCUCCGCAAGGAGAUGGUUGGCCUUCGACAGCUGGACAUGUCCUUGCUCUGCCAGCUGUACAGCCUCUACGAGUCCAUUCAGGAAUAUAAGGGAGCGUGCCAGGCAGCCUCCAGCCCAGACUGCACUUACACUCUGGAGAAUGGCUUCUUUGAUGAUGAGGAGGAAUACUUCCAGGCUCAGAACUCCUUGCAUGAUGGGAGGGACCGAGGCCCUCCCAGGGACCUGUCACUGCCUGUCUCGUGCCUCUCCAGCAGUGACUGGAUUCUGGAGUCCAUCUGAAAGAUGUCAGGAGGGAGGCCACUGUUCCCAGCAGGCAUACUGUCAGCAUUUGCUUCUCCUCUUGCAAGAAAGCUCCUCUGCCUCUCCACAGUGGGCAGUCCUCAGGCUCGUGCGACCAGUGUGACCAGUUUAAUUUGGAGCAGGGAGGGUUCCAGGGACACAUGGUGGGGGUCUGUUCAUGUUUGCAUGACCAGAGAUUCUGCUUAGGUGGCCUGGAGGUGCUCACAUCCUUGCCACCCUGGUGCUGAGGCCCGCCUGCCAAGGCUUCCGAGUGAAAAUAUAGCAAUGACCCCCAGAGCCCUCUGUGGGCGUGUGGCUCAUGAUUGCCAUGCAGCUGGCAGGGCACUUGCACGCUCAGUGCCGCAGGGUCCGCCUCCCAUGUGCAGUGCACUCACACUGCUGUUUCACCGCCCCCCUUCUGCAGGCCAUUCUGUGGCCCUGCUGUUCCAUGAGCUUUCCAUCUCUUGGUUAAGCUUUAUUUAUUUGUAAGCUGUGUUACUAACUGGCCAGUGACUCAGUGAAAGCUUUUUUUUUUUUUUUUUUUACCAAAAAUGUGAGCAUUUCAGGUCACACCAAACAAUUGCAUUCUCUGUCAAGUGGGGUUAUCAUCAUUCUUUGGCCAUCAGAUACAGGGGGAAGAAAGUAUAGGAAGGGAUGUUGCAUAGGGAAAAAAAACUGGGGCAGCUAAUGUUUUCUAUCACUCACUGUAGGAUGGCAAACAUUUUUGUUUUAAAAAAUACUGAUUGUAAACUAGUAGGUUAGAAAACUAACCUGCCUCUUCCACUCAAAACAGUGAUCACCUUAAGCCUUAAUAUAUUUAUUAAAAUUCAA